UUAAUUUCCACUUCAUCUGUUACCUCCUCGCCAUCGUCAAUGCUACAAUGAACUCCCAUCCGUGAUCAAUACUACGCGCGCUAUAUAGGAUUCAUGGCGCAGGGGCAUUAGAAUUUGCACAAACACAAGGCCCGGCUCAUCCAACGGCAAUGGCAACGACAAUGAGCGUCGCAGCAGGAGCAAACCCCAAAGCCCUCCUCGCCGCCCUGCUCUGCGCCGCCGUCGCUGCCGCCUUCCCCUUCCCGGGAUCAUCCGCCGGCGGCGCGUCGGCCCUGGUGUCCCAGACCUGCCGCGUGACGUCGAACCCGGGCCUCUGCGUCGAGCUGCUCCAGUCCAGCAACCGGAGCGACGCCGCCACGACGGUCCGGGAGCUCGCCGUCGUCGCGGUGACUGCCGCCAGGAGGUCGGCGCUCCGCGCCAGGAUGCGCGCGAUGGACCUGAGCCACGGGACGGGAGGAGGAGGAGCGGUGGCGGCCCGCCUGGCGGCGCGGUGCGUGGCGCUGUACGCGGACUGCCUCCGCGACGGGGCCCGGGCGGUGGGCAGGGUGUCCACCAUGCCGGUGCACGACGCCCGCGCGCCCGACGCCGUGAGCGCCCUGCGCAGGUUCCCGCGGAAGUGCGCGGGCCUCUUCCACGCGCGGAGGAUCGCGUCGCCGCUGGAGCGGGUGAGCAGGGAGACGGAGGAGAAGCUGGGCAUCGCGUCGGAGAUCGUUCGCCUGUCGCGCUAG